AUGGGCGACGCAGUCAUUGAGGGUUCGAACUGGCGCCUCGUUGAGGUUGGCCGUGUCGUUGUUAUCAACGGUGACCACCCCUUCGCCGGCCGCCUGGCCACGAUCGUCGAGAUCAUCGACCACAAGCGAAUUCUCGUCGACGGUCCUUCCGCCAACGCUAGCCUCGCUGUUCCCCGACAAGCCGUCCCCCUCAGCAAGGUCCUCCUCUCCUCUCUUAUCGUCGAGGGCUUGAACCGCGGUUCCCGAACUGGUGUCGUCCGAAAGCUCUGGGAGAAGUCCGAGAUUGACUCCAAGUGGGAGCAGACCAACUGGGCUAAGAAGCGGGAUCAGAUGGAGCGGAGGAAGGGUCUCACCGACUUCGAGCGCUUCCAGGUUCUCCGACUCAAGAAGCAGCGACGAUUCGAGGAGCGCAAGGCUCUGGCCAAGGUCAAGGCCUCCGCAUAA